AUGCCUAAGUUGGGAACGAUCCAGGCCAUUCUAUUCGGCAAAAUGAAGAAGCAAAGGAAAGCUCGUAAGGGGGCAAAUGUUCAUAACAUCUAUCACUUCCAAGACAGCGAGAUCAAUAUCAAACAGACAAUAUUUCAUCUGCGACGAUGGCCCGGUGUAAUGAAUGGAUACACGGAGCUAUUCUUCUACGCGCUUUUCUUUGUUCUUUUCGUCAUGUUGGUAGUCUUUCAAUCCGACGUGGAGGUCGCAAACUUGAUCGACGAUGCGAUCAGAAACGGUCUCUUGCAGCAGGACGAAGCGCUCUCUUCCGUUCAGAUGCAGGGAGACUUUUUCGACUAUCUCCUCAAGUCUUACGACAACAAGCAACAGAGCUUCACAGACGGCACCGAACCAGACGGGGGUCUCAUCAACAGCAUCCUGGGAGGGACUUGGUACAACGGCGAUCCUUUCACGACCGAUGAGAUGGGGAUGAUCUACAACUACAACAAGCUCAUCGGGGGGGUGCUCAUCAUUCAGAAGAGAGGAGAGCUGGAGCCUUGCGAGUACUCCAUGUACUCCUUGUUCUACCCCACAUGCUACAGCAACGUCAAGUACGUCACUGCCGACCCUCCCCUGCGAGUCAACGGCACCAAGGACGUCUGUGGGAGCAGCCAGCCGAUCAUGGAGAUCGACGAGAGCUCGCCUGACUACCAGCAGUACCUCGUGGACCUUGAGAACUCCAAGUUCGGAGAUCGAGAGAAGCUGAACCAGACAGAGUACUCCAACGUUGUCAACUCGUUCCAGUACAGCUACAAGGACCAGGGAUAUCGAGCGUGGCUGUCACUCGCCGACGGCAUCAAGGCAAACCUGCAGCAGAUCCAGCAGCUGCAGGAGCUAAGAUGGUUGGACUCCAAGACCCGCCACAUCGACCUUAAGUUCACCUUCUACAAUGGAAACUUUGGCAUGUUCACCUUCGCCAAGGUGUCUCUUCAGUUCUCUCACUUCGGAACGUACAUCACGUCCGACCCGUCCGCCACUUCAGUGCAGCGGAAUCUCCCUGGAGGGACGACGGUAAGCAUCGGCUCCAUCAACAUGGAGCCCUACCUGACGCAGAAGGACUUCAUUCUCCUGGGCUUCGAGAUCGCCUUCAUGGUCUGGGUCUUCUUCUUGAUCUCUUCCUACAUCCGCAACUUCCUGACUGCCAUCUAUCUUCGUCGCCUCCACAAAUUCUUCAACAUGUGGGCCUGUCUGGACCUGGUCAACUACACGUGCUACCUCAUGUUCAUCGUCAUCCGCAUCGGGUACAUGAAGAACAUCAUCUGCCAUCCAGUCCGCGUCCCCACCAACGACUACGACCCCAUCUUCGAGCAGCUCUACCGCACCAACCGCGAUCAGCUCUCCGUAAACUUCAUUUCCAUCCUCAUUGGCACCCUGAGGUUCUUCAAGUAUUACGAGUUUCAGCCCCGCCUGCAGAUCGUCAACAAGACUCUCAGUGCCUCCAUGGUGCAUCUCUAUCACUUCUGCCUCAUCUUCGGGGUCAUGCUGGUCGGGUAUGCUGCCAUCGGACAUCUCAACUUCGGCAAUCAGAGCAGAGACUUCGCCACUGUCCCCAACUCUAUUCAGGUGAUGUGGGAGUCUCUCUUCGGGGCCUUUGACCUGGGCCCAACCAUCGGCAACUUCAACUUGGGCUACAUCAAUCCCAUCAUGGCAAACGUCUUCUUCAUCUCCUGGAUGUUUCUCACGGGCAUGGUCCUCAUGAACGUGUUCGUUGCCAUCCUCAUGGACGGUUACGCUGCUGCCAAGGAGGAAGGCAAGAAGACUGCAGAGAGGCUCGGGAAAGAUGCCCCCGACGCUGUGCAUGAGGAUGUUGUCAAGGCGGUUCAGGACAUCAGCCACAGCCUGUUCGCGGGGAGCACAUACAGCAACACCAUGCUGCUCCAUGCUUUAGAGGCGCUGGACGGUCACAUCCCUGACCCGGAGAUCAACGAGGUGGAGCUGCGGAAGGAGAUGACGGAGAUCGAAGCAGAGAUUGCGAGGCUGACGAGGAGGAAGAACUACAUUGAGAGGACCUUGGAUGCUCCGCUCGCCGACCAGCCCUGCCAUGACAUCUGGAACCAGAAGCGCUGCUCCUUCGACGCCCUCGUGCGGGUCAUCGGCCAGUUGUACCCGAAAGUCAACUUGGACACGGACAAGAUGCAGCGAGCCUGGUCGAGGAGCAUCUACACGGCGUCGACCAGCGAGCAGGAGCAGGACGACUGGAAGACGGAGAUGCUUGAGAUUUACCUCCAGCAGCUCCGCGCCGAGAACCAGAGGCUCCAACUCAAGGCUGCUGCCGCUGAUAUCAGCCGGGGUGAGUAG